AUGGCGUCUGUCGAAGAAACCUUGCUGUCCCCAUUGGUGUCGGUUGCAGGUGUCACCACGCAACGUCACGUCGACGCUCUCUACGCCAACCCCAAGCACUUCGCUCCGGAUGCCAAGAAGAAGGCGGCACUGUCGACGGGCAUCACGGUCGAGUAUGUCACCCACGAGAACGAGGUCAAAGUCGACGGUGCACCGGAAGAGCGAGUGAUCCUCAUCACGGGCUUCAUGACCAUCAAGGAGGCUUGGACGCCGCUGAUCGACAUGCUGCUGCACAAGUGGAGCGGCGCUGUCGACGGCAAGCGCGACGUGAAGCUCGUGAGCUUCGACAACCGCGGAGUGGGCGGGUCGGACGUGCCCUGGUGGCGUUAUACUACCAGUGGAAUGGCACAAGAUGCGUUGGCACUACUGGAUUUCCUCAAUUGGGAGUCGGCACACGUCGUCGGGGUCAGUAUGGGCGGCAUGAUCUCGCUGGAGCUCGCCCUAGCAGCUCCAAAGCGAGUAAAGUCUCUCACACUUAUGGUAACAACUCGAGGCAAGUACGUCGAGGACCCUCGCUCCAAGGAGCCCAUGAAGGAGAAUAUCGAUGCUACAGAACCGGAAGCUAUCGCCAAGGCUCAGCUGAAGCUGCUCUGCAGCGAGGUGUCUCUGGACCAGCCAAUGUCCUUCGGUAACACAACGAGACGUGAAGUGAUGUACCAGUAUCUGGAGGACCGUGCGAGGGUACGGGAGAAGCUGUCAUAUCUCGGGAUGAUCAACCAAGUCCUGGCAAUCCGCACGCAUUGGGUCUCCGAUGAGCGGCUUUCGGCCAUCAACGACGCUGGCUUCCCGAUUCUUUUGGUCGGAGGCGCCAUGGACAUUCUCAUCCCCCCGUGUGAAAUGCAGACGCUGCGGCAGCAUUUGAAUGGAGGCCACGUCAAGACGCUUUUCUUCGAGGAAGGGGGCCAUGGGGUCUUCUUUCAAUACCCAGAAGAAAUCGCUGACAGUCUUACGGAGCUAGUUCUGCGUUGCUGA